AUAAAUACAAAAUAGUAAUAAAUUAAUAUCAGUUUUCUGCAAAUUUCUGCAUCCAUACUUUAUUUAAUUAAUAAUUUCAAAAUGGUUGCCAUUCAAGGCAAAUUCUUACUUCUUGCUAUUUCAUUCUAUAACAACUAUUUUGGCAAACUGCAGGAUAAAUUUGCUGCUGUUAAUAACACUCUUCCAUCACGUUUACAACAACCACAACCAUAUGGACGUUAUGAAGAUCUUGUCAUCGGUGUGCUGGAAGAAGCAAAAGCUUUGUUUAUAACUGGUGUACCUGAAAUGGGUAUUCCAGUAUUGGAUCCAUUAGUUCUGGAUGCAUUACCGUUUAAUUUAAAUCUACCAGACUUAAUAGAGGCUGAUAUUGGCUUAUCACAUGGCAUGUUUAAAGGAUUGAGUGAUUUUAACGUCACCGAUGUGAAAAUUGAUAUAACCGAAGAUAUUUUCCCAAUAAAAGCGAGCAUCAGUGUUAGAUUCAAUGAUCUUUAUUUUGUAUCGAACUAUGCUAUAAAUGGAAGCGUUGGAGGGUCAACUCAGGCAUUUGGUGGCAUUUUAGCCCUAGAACUGGAUAAUUUUAUAUUUAGUCUUUCGAUUGAGACGGGACAACAUUGUAACGUAAUUACUCUGGAUAAGAAUAGUUUUGGAUUGGAAAUUGAGGCGGCUAAUGUUUUCAUCACUGGACUCAUGAACGAUGAAAACAUGAGCAGUGAAAUAUCAAAAUUAUUAACCGAAAUAUUGGCUGACACUAUUACAGCAAGCUCAGAAGGCUUGGAUGAAAUGGUAUCGCCAAUAAUUCAAAAGGAACUUAACAAGAUACUGGCGUAUUUAUUGUUUGAAGUUUAAAUACAACUUUUUAGUUGCGUGAACUGCCGCUAGAGUACUGGCAUUCAGUUUGUGUGAAGUUAUCUAAAGUAAAUUUUAAAUAAAUACGUUUUAAUGAAUUACUAAGUAAAUAAAAUAGUUACCAUAUA